AAAAAAAAAUACAAACUAUCAAAAUGACUAACAUAUCUAUUAUUGAUUUAAACGACGAUUGCCUAUAUUCAAUUUUUGAGGAAAUAAAAAAAAAUUGUGAAAAUGAUAUAAGAGGAAUUCCAGACAUGGUUCGAUAUAAGGAUUUAAUUUGGUAGCAUUCUGGGAUACUGUUUUCAUACUUCUCGAAGAUAAUUCGAGACUUACUCAAUGCUUCCUGAAAUACAAUCCUCCUUUACAAUUCUACUGUCCAGAUCAUAUGGAAAUAUUUGAAAACACCAUGAGAAUUCUAAAAAAAAAGAGAGGACUUACAACUCUAGUCCUUCAAAUGCCAAGUUACUCGGCAGGAAAUCUAGAACAUUUUCACAACCUGCGGAGUCUUAGCCUGUAUGUGGCAAUGAGUGCCUAUGAUCUGAUGGAAUGUGUAAAAUCGAAUCCAAAUCUUAUCGAACUUGCAUUCCAUAGCACAAAUAUGUACGGCAAUUUGGCGGAUAUUACACCAUACUGCAGCAAUCUAGAAAUCGUUGACCAUUCAAAUGAAACCGGAAACGAAUGCCAGCGAAUACGCACCACUGGCCAAAUUGCCGAAACUAAAGACAUUUGACAUUUUCGGCUACCCGGAAGAGGGUUCACUCAGGGCGCUGUUUAGAUCAAUGGUGGUGAAUCGUUCAAACGAUUCACUAGCACUUAGAAUCCAGGAAGCAAAGCUUGGAUCGGAAGAAAUCGAGGAACUAUCAAAAGUAUGCUCUAUUGACAGAAUAAGCUGCGAACUAAAGCCCACUCGGUCAUCAGCAUCUCUUAGUCCAAUUGAUUUGCCGAAUAUUCUUCCCUUAAGCUUGGGAAUGGAGCCAAAGGGGGACAGCAUCCUACACUUUUACAGCUUUGAUAUUUUGAACAGUAUGGGUAAUAUCGGACUUUUUAUCAAAAAAGAAAUGGACAAAAACAUUAUUAUUAAGUUGAAUGAGUGGCAUUCUUGUUUCAAAAAUGGACUAAGCCCAAUAUUGCUCGAAAAAGAAAAGCUUAAACAAAGCCUUUCCAGGAUUACAAAUAUAAAUAGUCCUGAGCGAAUUGCAAAAAUAGCAGCUAUUUCUUUGCUGGGUUCCUUGCUGUCACAGAUUCCCUCUAUUGUUCAUAAUAUACAACUCUUGACCAAAAUCAGAGAGCUAAGGGAGCUUGAAGUGAAGGUCGAGCUCAAUAUUGAAGAUGAUCUAUGGCAAGUUAUGGAUCCUAACGAAUCGGUUACUCCAAAAGACUUAGAAUCGAAUAUUGUGAUCGAUUCUGAUACCCAAAUAAUCAUUGUUCUCGUUCAACUGGCUUACCUUAAGGACAUAUUGAAAAAUUCAAAGUUUGCGAAUAUAAAGAAUAACAUUGCUAUAAAUAAGUAUAAAUUUGAACUCUGUUUUGAUAUUCGAUUUAGGGAGUGCUCAGUUGCUUCCUAGAAAAACAAUUCAAAUAAAACUUCUA